AUGACCUCAUCAUCAGGUUACGAACCACAUAAUACUAAUAAUAUUCAGGAAUUUAUCGACUUGGAAAAGAAGGAUCCAGAAUAUAAAUUAUACGAAGAAGAACAAGAAACUGAUUCCUUACCAAUAAAUAAUCCAGAUGAAGAUAAUUUCGAAUACACUGAAGAAAAGAAAUUACCCUUUUUCAUUAGGUGGUCUCUAAAGUUAAAUGCAGAAACUAAAGGUAUUGAACCAAUUACUGACGAGGAGAAAACUGAUAAUUCUGUGAUUGGUGCAGCAUCCAUGUGGUUUAGUGCCAAUAUGGUUUUGGCUUCGUUCACCUUGGGUGUCAUUGGUAUUCCUAUUUUUGGUUUGAAUUUUGGUGCUUCUGUUCUAACCAUUAUAUUUUUUAGUAUAUUAGGUAUGCUACCAGUUGCCUAUUUUUCUGUUUUUGGUGCUGAAUUGGGCUUAAGACAAAUGGUUUUAAGUAGAUAUUUAUUGGGUAACAUAACGGCCCGUAUUUUUUGUUUAGUUAACUGUAUUGCUUGUGUAGGCUGGGGUAGUGUUAAUACUAUUGCUUCUGCACAAUUAUUAUACAUGGUUAACAAACCGCACUCUUGUCCUCCAUGGGCCGGUUGCUUGAUUAUCUGUGUUGGUACUAUCAUGGUCACCUUUUUUGGUUAUAAAGUUAUUCACACUUAUGAAAAAUGGUCUUGGAUCCCCAAUUUUGCGGUCUUUUUGGUUAUUAUUGCCAGACUAAGGAAAUUGGACACUUUUGAAAAUGGCCCAUGGGGCGGUGGUCCAACAACUGCCGGUGGUGUUUUAAGUUUUGGUGGCUCUAUUUUUGGUUUUGCUGCUGGGUGGACUACCUAUGCUGCGGAUUACACCGUCUAUAUGCCAAGAACUAUCAACAAGCCAAAGUUGUUCUGUUCCCUAGUCGUUGGGUUGUUAACUCCAUUGAUUUUCACUCUAGUUUUGGGUGCUGCUGCUGCUGCUUGUAUCGCUAACUCUCCAAAGUUGACCAGUCUAUACAAUGAAUACGGGAAUGGUGGUUUGAUUUUCGGUAUCUUGGCCGAAGAUUCUCUACACGGAUUUGGCCAAUUUUGCUGUGUUAUUUUGGCCAUGUCUACAAUUGCCAAUAAUAUUCCAAAUAUGUAUUCUAUUGCCUUGGGUGCACAAUCCUUUUGGGAACCUUUAUCUAAAGUCCCAAGACCAUUUUGGACCAUUGCCGGGAACGGUAUUACCAUCGGUAUUUCCAUUGCUGCCUAUUAUGCCUUUACAAAUUUCAUGUCCUCUUUUAUGAGUGCCAUCGCCUAUUAUUUGGGUAUUUACAUUGCCAUUUCCAUGUCCGAGCACCUUAUUUUCAGAAAAAACAGUUUUUCCAAUUAUAACGUUGAUGAUUGGAACAGGUGGGAUAAAUUACCCGUUGGUUAUGCUGGUACUUUUGCCUUGAUUGCUGGUGGGUUUGGUGUUGCCCUUGGAAUGAGUGAAACUUAUUGGAAUGGUCAAAUUGGUAGAUUGAUUGGUGAAUAUGGUGGUGAUAUUGGUUUUGAAAUGGGCUUUGGUUGGGCUUUGGUUAUAUAUCUCAUAUUUAGACCUUUAGAAAUAAAGUAUACAGGUCGUUAG